AUGCAGAGGAGGCGAUUGAAGCAGCUGGUGAAGAAGGGACAGCUGUGGAAGUUCGCUGAGGUCCUGCUGGCACAGGACGAGAGCCGAGCGGCCGAGCAGCUGCGCCGGGCAUUGCCAUAUCUGGAUAGCCCGCAGGAGCCCCUGCGAGAGGCGGCCGUCAAGUUCAUCGGGAUCGCAGGGCGGUACUUGAGGAAGCAACAGGAAGAGACCCAGCUCAUCUACAAGGCCCUUCAGGACCUGACCGAUGACAUCAGCCCUGCCGUCUCAAGCUUGGCACUUGAAACCGUGCAACUCUUAGCUGCACAGAGAGCUCCAUACUCUCCAGGUUUCAGAAGGUGCAAGACCACUUCCAGAAGAGUGGGGGGUAGGAAGCCUCUUUUGUGGGGCAGUUUGUGCUGCCACGCUGCUGUGGCCGAGGCCCCCCUGGCACAGAGGUCGGGGCCCACAGAGGCCUCUUGGAAAACACUGCUUUGUGUGGCCAAGUUCAUGCAGAGGAGGCGAUUGAAGCAGCUGGUGAAGAAGGGACAGCUGUGGAAGUUCGCUGAGGUCCUGCUGGCACAGGACGAGAGCCGAGCGGCCGAGCAGCUGCGCCGGGCAUUGCCAUAUCUGGAUAGCCCGCAGGAGCCCCUGCGAGAGGCGGCCGUCAAGUUCAUCGGGAUCGCAGGGCGGUACUUGAGGAAGCAACAGGAAGAGACCCAGCUCAUCUACAAGGCCCUUCAGGACCUGACCGAUGACAUCAGCCCUGCCGUCUCAAGCUUGGCACUUGAAACCGUGCAACUCUUAGCUGCACAGAGAGCUCCAUACUCUCCAGGUUUCAGAAGGUGCAAGACCACUUCCAGAAGAGUGGGGGGUAGGAAGCCUCUUUUGUGGGGCAGUUUGUGCUGUGAACAACUAAUCCCAGGAGCUCCAUCUUGCUCAGGCCACCUGAGCCUGCAGGGAAGACCUCAUCUGGGCAUGGAAAUAUGA